AUGUGUGCCGUGACGACCGCAACUAGUUGCCUCCGUUGGCCUCUGCUGCUGCUGCUGGUCCUAUUCCCGGGCUCGUUCUGCUUCUCGUGCGUAUGCUCGCCGUCGGAGUGCGAGGAGGUGCGAGACUCGGAGUGUCCCCCGGGUGCCGGCACCGUCUGGGACUCGUGCGGCUGUUGUCGCGUAUGUGCACGCACCGAAGGCGAGCCGUGCGGCGGACCGUACGGCUUCUACGGCGCAUGCGCCGCUGGCCUCGAGUGUGUCGUCACCGACCUGCAGUCCGAUAACGCCGAGGGAGUGUGUACCAGUGAGUAA